CCGCGCGUCGUACGGAUCGGAACUAGACACAGUUAACUCUUAAUUAAUUUACUAUAAUAUCAUCUUCGAUUAAUAAUACAAAAUCAUUGACAUAUUAGAUCAAAAUAAAAAUAACGAUACGGGACUCGUAUACGAUAAAUACGAUCAAAUAAUUCAUAAAAAUGACAUUUAUCAAGACAUUUUGUGACAAAUAGAAUAGCAAUAGAAUUUGAAUGUGUUCGAUAGAAACAAUUGAAUUGGGGUGCAUUUUUAUUACUUUUCAUUUACACGAAAGGGUGAUUGUUCGUAAUAUAUAUUUUUUUUUUUUAACAAGAGGAUAGAUAUACGCGUUUGAAGAAGGUUCAAUAUGAUGUGCGCGCAAUAAACUCAAGCGGUUCAACAACACGUGCUCGCACGUACACGUGGACUUAUCGAAAUGUGAGAGAAAAGGGGAUAAGAGGAAUUUGAUUGUUGUUGGGUGCUGUCGAUGCAACGUCAAACAUUUGUGAUUAUCGUUAGUGAUACAAGAACAAACAAACAAACAAUCAAACAAGUGGAGAGGGAUACAAAAUGGAGAAUCUUUAUACCGGUGCAAUUCAUGGAUUUCAUCAACCCAAUGGUGGUAUGAUAGCAAAUGGUUUUUCUACGGGAAUUGCCAGUUCCUUCGAUCAGGAUGGUGUUUUGAGUCUAAUCGUCGUUCUAGGAGGAAGUCUUUCUUUGGUUGCACUCGUUUUUGCAUUCAUAACUUAUAGUUUGUUCUCCGAUCUGAGAAGUUUGGCAGGUACCACUCUGAUGAAUCUCUUAGCAGCCCUUUUUAUGGUUCAACUGCUCUUCAUUGUUGGUGUUGGAGGUGUUCAGGAUUCGGAGCUUUGCAUUUCUCUGGGAUUGAGCCUUCAAUAUCUGAGGGUAUCGGUGGUUUGUUGGUUAGCAGCGAUGUGCCAUCAUCUGUAUGCCACAGUGGCCUCAAUACCUCGCCGUGACGAUCCACCAACCUAUCUCAAAUAUAGCGUCUUCGCCUGGGGUGCACCCCUCAUCACUCUUGCCGUAGCUACCCUUGUGCAAAGUCGAGAAAGCAACGAUUUCUGGAACGUCGUAGAUCUUACGCCGUUCAACUGCUG